GAGGGCCCAGCCCCAUCCCUGUAGCCAAGGAGGGUUUGGGGGUGUGCGGUGCUCCCAAGCACAGACAGUGCCACCAGCGAGAGCCACUUGGGCUUCCUUGCCCACCUUUGCUUUUAAAGCCUGAGCUCAACCCAGCUCAGAAAGAGCAAAACGGAGCCAGGGGUCAAACCCAGUCUAGCUUCUCCGCAGGGUGGUGGAAAUCACUGCCUGUGUCUGCUCCCAACCCGAAGCGAGAGCGGCCAGGGGAGCAGGCAGAGCUCCCAGCGCCCCGCAAGAGGAGCGAAACACAAACUGCUCCGAGGAGAAAUCAUUUCCAGGGUGAUUGCGGCCAGCGGGGAGCUCCAUCUCCUCCUUAUGCUGAGGAUUCCAGAACUGGACCCAAUCCUCCAGCUGAGGUCUCCCCAGAGAGGAACAGAGGGGCAGAAUCCCCUCCCUCCCUGCUGGCCACGCUGCUCUGGAUGCAGCCCAGGACACGGAGCUCAAGACCGACCUCAAGUUCAAGUCCGCGGGGCCGGGGCAGAAGCUGUCGGAGCCGCCCCGGGUCCCCAAGGAGAAGCCGAAGGGCGAGGCGGCGCCGCGGCCCCGGCAGGGCCCCACGGACGAGGCGCAGAUGGCGGCGGCGGCGGCGCUGGCGAGGAUGGAGCUGAAGGGCAAGGGCAGGGCGGCGCCGGCCCGGGAGGCGCCCGGGAGCCGGGUGAGGAAAGAGUUGAUGGCUGAGGCAGCUGCGAGGGAGAAAGUGCUCUCCAUGGAGGAAGAGGACCUUGCCUGCCCGGAUGAGGAUGGGGCAUCUGCCCUCUCUGUUUCAGGAGUCUACUUCAUUUGCCCACUGACUGGAGCAGUGGUAAGAAAGGACCAGAAGGAAAAGCACCUCAGAGAAGCCAUCCUGUCGUAUUUCUCUGUUGACCCAGUGGCUGCUUCCAUCAUGGAGAUUCACACCUUCAACAAGGACCGGGAGAAAGUCCGAGCAGGUGUGGAGACAACUGCCAAAUACUUGGAUAACAUCUAUCUCCAUCCAGAGGAGGAGAAGUACCGGAAAAUCAAACUGCAGAACAAAGUGUUUCAGGAAAGGAUAAGCUGCCUGGAAGGGAUACACAGAUUUUUCCAGGCUAUCGGGUUUGAGACAAAAACACUGCCUGUUCCAGGACAAGAGGCCACAGAGGAGUACUACGUACUGAAGGAAGAAAUGCUGACCAGGUUGGAAGACCUCAGGGACUACAAAGAGCAGCUUUUAAACUCUGAGCCUGUGAGAGCCCAGCUGGAUCGCCAGCUCUCUGUGUUUAAACCAUCACCUGAAGCUGCUCGGUUUGAGCUGCCAAAUGACUUUUACAGCCUCACUGCAGAAGAGAUCAAACGAGAGCAACGGCUCCGGACAGAGGCAGUGGAAAAGGCUUCGAUGCUGAGGACAAGAGCCAUGCGAGAGAAAGAGGAGCAAAGGGAAAUGCGGAAGUACAAUUACACCCUGCUACGAGUCCGGUUUCCCGAUGGAUACAUCCUCCAAGGGACUUUUUAUGCACGAGAAUUGGUCUCUGCGCUCUACACCUUUGUGAGAGAAGCGCUCCAAGAUGACUGGCUGCCCUUUGAGCUGUUGGGCCCCGGAGGUCUCAAACUGACUGAUGAGAACUUGGCCUUCAAUGAAUGUGGGCUGGUGCCCGCAGCCCUCCUGACUCUCGCCUGGGAUGCAGCAGUCAUGGCAGAUGUUCAGGCAGCAGGAGAGGAGCAGCCAGCAAGCCCUCUGAAACCAGAACUUCUCUCCAGAGUCCAGACACUAUCAUGAAAUAAAGGGGAUGGGGUUCAGUGCUGGUGGUUCUAGACUGUUCCCUUGUUUUCCCAUACGGGCUGGUGGAGCUCCCAGCUACGUGACCUCAGAAAUGACUACGGUUUAGUGGGAACCUCGUUCUGCCAUGUCACGCCGACCUUGCAGUCACCUCCACAACUCCAGUAGCUGUACACUAGGGCAGCCUUGCCCCGUAGGACACUACAGGACUGCUCUGACUGGCUUUAAAAACAAGCUCUAGCAGUGACUGCUUGAGGUGUUUCGAAGGCAGUGGUGAAGCACCACUCUCCUCCCUUGGAGGAGGGAUUAGGCACUAGCACUAGGCUGGAUUACCAAUCGACUGAGCCUGGAGAUCAGGCUGGGCUUAGAACUUGGCUUUUCCUUUUGCUUCUGUGUGCACUGUAAUUCCUAUUGGAGAGAGUAUAUUUAGAUAAAAUUAUGCUCAGUCUGAUUAAAUGGACUUUUUAAAGACACAGUUCUGCUCAAAGUGAUGGGAAUUGCUAUGCCCUUAUGGGUUUGAAAUGCAGACAAGCUCCAGUCAGCGCUGGGUUCGAUGCUGGUGUUGCUGGUGUUACUGGUGCAGCUGUGGCAUUACCCCCUCUUCACAGGGGACAGACAGGAGACUGAUGACAGGCAAUAGCUACUGCUGCCCACGAGGGAGAAGAAGCUUUAUACAGUCAGGAUUUUAGGAAACUAAUCCAUCAAAUCACAAGCCAUCUAAAAUUAGAAAGUCCCAGGAAGUUUGUUCCGUACUUGAGCAAGUUUGAUGCUCGUUUAGUCCUUUAUACUUCAGUCUCAAAGUUGCUGCCUACAGAAAAGCUGAGAAAGGGGCUCUUUAUCAGGGAGUGCAGGGUUAGGACAAGGGGGAUGGUUUUAAGCUGAAAGAGAAUAUUCAGUUGAGAUACGGGUAAGAGAUAUUUUCCUGUGAGGGCAGGGAGGCCCUGGCCCAGGUUGCCCAGAGCAGUGGUGGCUGCCCCAUCCCUGGAGGGGUUCAAGGCCAGGUUGGAUGGGGCUUGGAGCCCCUGAUCCACUGGGAGGUGUCCCUGCCCAUGGCAGGGGGUGGAACUGGAUGGGCUUUGAAGACCCUUCUAACCCAAAUCAUCCUGUGAUUCUACGAUUCUGUGGGGCAGAAAAAAACCCAGCUUUCACCUGUACAGCUCCUUCUGCAGUGAUGUGUACAGGAGACCAAUAAUUUCUCACCAGCCUGAUGUGUAACUAAUACCAGUCUAUCCCAAAAAAGGAGAAACCCAUUGCACUUUUCCAAAGGUAAAACCCUGCUGCUGUUCUCUGUAGUAAGACAGACCACAAACAGGAUGAUACAGAUAGCAUAAAUUCAAAUAUAAUUGUACAUCAUUUAUACCCAAGGCCGUGCUAUACAACAUUAUGAACAGAGUAAUUCCCCCAGUGGCAUCACAGUAAGCUUAUUUCAAAAUCCCUCCAUUAAAGAUAACUUAGAUACCUUCCAUUGCAAAGAAGUAUCAAAAUUUCAAUAAUGCUUUAUUAAGGACAGAUUAAUAUGCAGUAUUUAAGCUAAAAACUAGAACUAAAAAAUUAAGCUUCCAUCCAGUCUGAAGCAGAACAAAGUGCUGUCUUCUCUUUACAAGAAAUAGGGAAUACUUUCAAGUAUCUUCUUCAAAGAUACACAAGGUUUAAAACUGUCUAACUCAUUCUACAUACGUACAGAGAAGUUAGUAGGUGUUUAAUCUCAAACUGUGUUAGACGGGCUGACCGUGCUGGUGUCCUGGUGUGUGGCUCCUGUGCCGCCGCGUUCUGAAGCUGUCUCAGGAACUGUCAAUGUAGAAUCUGCAAAGGAGGAAAUGCAUUGGUUUGGGGUUUUUGUUUGUUGGUUUGGUUUAUUUAAAUAUAAUUAAUCUAGUAGAAUUUGACUACUGUGUGUUUUAAUCCAUCUUUGCUUAUCUGCCUGUACCUGCUCCAAAUCUCCUUUUCAGUACUGUUUAAAAACUGGUUUUACUGGUGGGUUAAUGUCAAUCCAGAAUAAAAUCACUUCAGUCAUAAAAAGGCUCUUGAUAA